GUAUCCUGCGAGGAUAUAUUAAAAAAAUAUAUUAACAUUUUCCAGGAAUAAAUUGUACGCAGAUGGAAGAAUUUUUAAUUUUAAAGCUUGGAAAUGAAAUACGAAGAGAGCACAAAUAAUGUAAUAAUAAUAAUAACGAUAAUCUCUUUUAUUUAUUUAUAAAAAAAAUGAAAUAUAUAACGUUAAAACUUUGUACUAAAUUGAAACAAUUUUUUAUAAAAUUUUGUUGUAAAAGGAUCGAAAAGUAACGUUUUAAAAAAUCGCGCCCGAAUCUAUGAUCUGAACAUUGCUGCGUAUUGGCACAGUCUAUAGCAGCUGGUGCCAUCUGUCGGGGCAAAUAGUAAACGCUAACGCGAGAACGUUCACGGUAAAAGUGGCGAGAUUCGAAUUUAAGAAUAAAUUUAUCGAAACUCCGUUUGUGACAGUUACGAAAAUUUAUUGACAGUGUUUAACGCGAAACAAGUGUGUCUUUGGAAAUAAAACGAUCGUUAACCUUUAUCCGGUAUCAGUGGCGGUGGCUGCGUCGUUCUUGGCGGUUGCUCGAUUGCUUCCGAAUUCGAUCUUUUCGUUCCACGUAGUGACAUUAACUGAAAAAAGCAUAACACGAUACAUUCAUUAGUCGUAAAAUUAACAAAAGAAUCAAGAAGUUAUUCUCAACAAGCAAAGUGUUGUUGCCCGUCCAAACUACCUGUCUCGAUUCCAAACAUAUUUCAACUUGAAGAGAUAUCUACGUAAAAUACAAAGUAUCAAAAAUGAAUAGAAACAUGAGAAUGGAAAUAUCCCCUCACAUUAUCAAUCAAUUAGAAAACGUCGAGGAAAAGAAAAUCGAUUUACCUGUGAUAAAUAAUACAGAAUUAAGGAAGCAAUUAAUAGCACGCAUCGAAGAUGUAACUUUAACUGUGAUCGAACAAAUAUCUUCGGGUCGUCUACCGCAAAUUUCGUACUCCCAACCACGAAAUUAUACUCAAACAGACGUCGAAAUGAUCGAGAACGAUCCCGAAUCACAAUUUCACGAAGAACCUGAACGAAACGUCGAGGAAACCGAAAGGAAGGGAACGACAAGAGUGACGCAAGAUUUCGCUAGCAAAAGAAGCAAACACAAGUUUGCUUUAAUGAUGACGGUGAUGGCCACGGCGCAUCGUUUGCUAAUUACGAACACAACUCUCACGAGACGGUCCCUUUAUUACGACCUGAAAAACGAGAAGACCUCGAAUUUAGUUCCGGAGCAAAGAUGCUUGGACCAAGCGGUAUAUCACGUUGCUAAUUUGCUUAAUUGCGCGCCAUGGGAUCUCAAUUUAUUGCCAACAUCGAAGGGACUGGUGGCAGGCGAAUUAACCCUUACACUGGCCGACAAUCGAAUUAUCGAUUGCACCGUUUCAGGGGGUGCAUUGAUCCCUCACCUAGCCUCAAAUGUAAUUUCCGUUCGAAGCAAGGCCAGAUUGGUGUUGAUCGUUGAGAAGGAUGCUGUCUUUCAAAAAUUAUUAGAAGACGAUUGUACCUCUUCUUUGAAUUGUAUCCUGGUCACGGGGAAAGGAUAUCCGGACGUUGCCACGAGAAUGCUCGUCAAACUGUUGUCCGAGAAAUUGGAACUUCCGGUUUAUAUAAUCGUCGACGCGGAUCCUUUCGGCGUCGACAUCAUGUGUGUUUACCGUUUCGGCUCGGCCGCGUUAUCCAGAGAGAGGGAGAGUUUGGUCUGUUCAAACGUGCGAUGGCUUGGAAUACAUCCGUCGGAAUUGCUCGCUUUGGGUGUGAACACCGCCCCCCUCACGGAAUUCGAUUUAUCGAAACUGGCGGCACUCGAAGCCAGACCUUACGUGACUGGUACGUUUCUGAGAGAACUCGGGGUGAUGCGAAAGUUGGGAAAGGCGGAGAUAGAGAACGUAUCUUCCUCGAGAAAAUUUCUGGUCUCUACUUAUCUUCCUUGCAAGAUCAAAGGAAACGAUUACAUUUAAUAUUGAAAGAUAAUUUAUAUAAUAUAAUUAAAAUUUAUACUUACGUUUAAUUGUAUCCAUUUUGUGGAAAAAUAAUAUAUUAUCCAUGACAGUUUGACGAUUUUCGAUGAAAAAAAAAAAAAUGGAAAUACUUUAUAAGAAAAUAUUUCUAAUUAAUUUGUUGUAAGGAAUUUUCAAUUUUGUUAUAUUGUAUCUGUAAGAAAAUUUGCGUUUUGUUCAUUAAUUUGUUAACUCAAUAAAUAAUUUUAAUAAUAUUACCUCGAUAUUUGAAGACUGAACUUUUUCAUCAACUGGUAACUCGUUGAUCUCUUCUAAAUUUAUUAAUUCGGGAAUCUUUCGAAAAGAGCCUAAAUAAAUUAUACUGCUGUCCGAUGAUUGUUUCGAAAGGACGACCGUUCGACUCGACACCA